CGUUGAUGUAAUGUUCUGUACGAUCUGAUUUCCUACGAACGGCUUUAUCUGUGCUCUGCUGUGUACGGGAAGUGAGGGGACUGCUAUCAGUGAAGAAGAGGCCUAACAUGAUGAAGGAGAGCCAGCCAAUUCAGGACUAGCUCAGACCGAGGGAACUGCAGUGGAGGUGGAGGAGAGAAAGAAGACUGAAGGGACACAGUAGACCACAUGACCAGACCUCGGAAAGGCUCCAAAUUAGUGAUGUUGCCCUCGGGCAGGGAUUACCUCCUCGCUGUCGUCUCCCUCUCCGUCGCUCCCGCUCUUCCUCCCUCGUACAGCAGAGCAGCCGCCCAGCUCCAAGACUCUGAGCCGUGAGAGCUCGCUGUGCUCACCCACCCACAGACACACACACGCACUCAAACACACACACGCAUUCACUCUCUCUCUCUCACACACACACACACACACACACACACACAAACAACCACAGUUGGCAUCCUGCUCAUGGUCGUUGGCCUGCCGUCCUCAGCCGCUGCUCCUGCUCUAGUCCCAGACCAUGAAGAGACCCAAGCAGCAGACGGGGCCGCUGAGCUUCCUAAACUUCUUCAGCAGAAAGCCCAAAUCCGAGCCGAGGCCCGAGAGGCCUGUGGAGGCCUGGCCCAAAGAGGAGGUGGCCAUCACCCUGACCCCCAGCGAGCAUCCAGAGCAGGACCUCAGCCUCACAGCACAAGAGGCUGGAGAAUCAAGAGUUUCUGGAGCAGAAAGAGGAGAAGGAGGAGGCCUGCCAGUGGCGGGUGAGGUGGGCGAGGACGGUGCCGCCACAGCCGAAUGCGUGGGCGGGGCCAACACGGGCUCCACUGGCGUCCUGUCCCUCUCCUUCUCCAGCCAGGAGCAGCUAUUGGACGAACACCUGGAGGAGUGCCCACUGUGCCUGCUCAGUCAACCACGUUGCCACUUCCCACGACUCACCUCCUGCUCCCACCGGACAUGCUCUGACUGCCUCCGCCAGUACCUGCGCAUUGAGAUAUCAGAGAGCCGGGUGGGCAUCGCAUGCCCGCAGUGCCCUGAGACGCUGGCGCCACUGGAUGUCCGUGCCAUCCUGGAUGACCGGGCACUGCUGGAGCGGUUUGAGGAGUACCAGUUGAGGCGUUUCCUGGCUUCUGAUCCAGAUACACGCUGGUGCCCUGCACCCGACUGCAGCUAUGCGGUGAUAGCUUACGGCUGUGCAGAGUGUCCUAAGCUGAGCUGCGGCCGCGAGGGAUGUGACACAGAGUUCUGCUACCACUGUCGGCAGCUGUGGCACCCCAACCAGACGUGUGACCAGGCCCGGCGUCAGCGAGCCCGCCACACCUCAGGCGGCAACGAUGCCUCCACGCUGUACGUCUUCAAUGAAGAACCUGGUGGAGAUGCAGAGGAGAUCAAAGCGUGCCCUCGCUGUGGUGCCUACAUCAUGAAGACCAAUGAUGGCAGCUGUAACCGUAUGAACUGCACUGUGUGUGCCUGUCAGUUCUGCUGGCUGUGUAUGCAGGAGAUCACCGACGUGCACUACCUCAGUCCCUCAGGAUGUACAUUCUGGGGGAAGAAGCCAUGGUCGCAAACCCGCAAGGUACUGUGGCAGGUGGGCAUGUUGCUUGGAGCACCGGUGGUCAUCUCCCUCAUAGCAGGCAUCGCCAUCCCAGUCAUCAUUGUGGGCAUACCAAUCUACAUGGGCCGAAAGGUCCAUGGUCGCUGUAAGAAAAACAAUAUCUCAGGAAGCAAGCACUAUUUGACUGUGGCAAGUGGCGUGAUGAUGUCAGUCUUUGUGUCGCCGGUCAUAGCGGCUGUCACUGUGGGUGUGGGUGUACCUCUAAUGCUGACUUAUGUCUAUGGGGUCGUGCCCAUGUCGCUCUGUAGGAACGGUUGGUGUCGACCGCAGAGUGAGCCCCCUGACACACACAAAAUCCAACUGGAGGACUUGGCCAGCUAUCUUCUAUUCUCUCAUGUAGUCAGUGACCACUGGACGGGUCAGAACAACCCGACGCUCAGCAACACUAGCGUCCAGGAAGUCAGAGUCAGUGUACAGGAAGUGGGUGUCCUCCCAGGUACGAGCACCACACCCCAAGAGCUAGAUAGCUAUGUGGGAUUGGAUGAAGCCACAAAACGCCAUGAAUAUACCCAGCAGGACAGCCCUUCGGACUGCGAGGUGGUUAUUGUGCCUGACAGCAAGCUCGAUGACACACAAGCGCUUCCUUCGAGGGAAGGAACCAAUAUUGAGGUCCGUGUGGAAAUUGAGACCCAUCCCAGAGGUGCCCGCCAGUCCAGCCUAAGUAGCAUCCUGUCUAGCCGAAGCUUGUCAGUGGAGUCCCUGGGACACUUGCAGACCCAGUCCCACGACAACUUGUGUGCCUCAGAAAUGGAAGGAAGACAAGAGGGGGGAGGAGGAAAAGGAGAAGAGCAGGAGGGAAGAGAGAUACCAGCAGCAGAAGCAGCAGGGGGAUACAAAGGGACAGUUUUCCCAGUCUUUGAAAUAGAUGGUGUAUGAGGUCCUCCAGUGCUGGCU